CUGCCUCGUUCAAGAGCUGGUGCAACAUCUCAAGACUUUAAUUCAUUCAAACUUUUAUCUUUGAUGUAAUCUUUUACCCUGGGACUUCACAGCCUUUUCUUUACGAAGCUUCCGAAUAUAAUUUGUUUCCCAAAUUUUGUUUCUAUUUAAAAAGAAAAAAAAGAAAAAAAAACUCCAAACACUCGCACCUGUGCGUAAUUCUCAUCUUGAGAGCAGUUUGGGACGCUUCUCUGCUUUAUGGGAUGUACCUCGUCGGAUCGAAUACUUUGAACUUCAUGCAAAUAUGCUCUUAUCAUAGGGAUCUUCACUAAACAAUACCAUUGACUGGUUUUUCUUCACUGGAAGGAGGCACGUCCGCAGUUUGAACUGAUUUACGAGUAACUUGUUUCUUGGAGUGAGUGAUACUGCAGGACACCGACACCUUCUCGAAACCACCUGAAAAUGACUCCGAAAGAAAGAGCGGCUUUCAUAGUCCUGCUUUUUCACUGCUUGAUGCCAGCGAAAGGGAUGGUGUUAGAGCCACAGCUGCAUCCUCCGAAAGACAUACACCUGCAGCAUGCUGGAGGCUCCCUUAUACUCAUUUGCAGAGGGUCGACCCAAGUGCAUUGGCGGCUUGCCAAUAGGAAUCUAAGAUCUGAAGGGGUCCACAUUGAACCAUGCGAGCUAACUACAAACUGCAGCAAGUUAGUGAUGCACAACCUGAAGUACACUGACACAGGAUACUACACUUGUAGUCACACCAAUUCCAGAGAACUUCAGAGUUCCACAUACGUCUUUGUCAGUGAUCAUCAUCAUCCAUUCCUGGAGACUUCGAGGGAAAAAAUCAUUUAUAUAUACAAGCAUGAAAAACUUCUGGACAUCCCUUGCAGGACAACAUCUCCUGGUCUAAAUGUUACUUUGAAAACAAUGUCCUCUAUGAAGGACUCUGUCAAAGCUCGUAUAUCGUGGGAUCCAAAAGUGGGUUUUAAGAUUCCACUGGGUCCUUUUAAGAACAACACCAAGUUCACAUGUGCUACCAGUGUGAAUGGCAAACAAGUGGAAACAAGCUUCAUCUUACUAUAUCUUAUGAGCAAUGUUCCGGAAAAUGUGCAAAUCACCCCUGAGCAUCCAAGAGUUAUGGUUGGAGACACUUUGGUCCUCACCUGUUCAGACAACACCACCUACGAUGGCAGGAUUAAAUUUGACUGGCAGUUCCAAAACAGCCAUAUCAGUAGGACUCACAACACUUAUUUGAGAAGGAGUGGGUCUAACAAGCUCGUUGUAAUGAGCAGUGAACUUAUUAUACCCAAUGUGACCAUGGAAGACAAUGGCAUUUACGCUUGCAGAGCAACAGUGAAUGGCUUGAAGAAGCUUGCUUCAGUCGAGGUCACUGUACUUGAGCAUCAGUCUCUCAGUAUGACUCAUGGAACACAUGAAGAUGUCAGCGGUGAAGAAGUGGCACCAGACAGAGAGUUGUGGUACAAGGCUGACUUCUCCACCCAUUCCCCUUUAUGCUAUGAGGAAAUGGAUCAUGACUUUAUCAUAAAGGAUAUGAAAGAAAAAAAUGCUGGAGUCUUUACUUUAGCUUUUACCAAUCAGAAGAAUGGGUUUCACAAGAACAUAAGCUGCAGAAUUUUUGCCAAAGGAAUGGUAUUAGAGCCACAGCUGCAUCCUCCCAGAGACACGCACCUGCAGCAUGCCGGAGGUUCCCUUAUACUCAUCUGCAGGGGGUCUACCCAAGUGCAGUGGAUGCUUGCAAGUAGAAAUCUAAGCUCAGAAGGGGUCCACAUUAAACCGUGUGAGCUAACUGCAAACUGCAGCAAGCUAGUGAUACACAACCUGAAGUACACUGAUACAGGAUACUAUACCUGCAGUCACACCAAUUCCAGAGAACAUGAGAGUUCCACAUAUGUAUUUGUCAAAGAUUAUUAUCAUCCAUUUCUGGAGACGUUCAGUGAAAAGUUCCUGUUUGCAUUCAGGAAUGACAAAACUCUGGAGAUUCCUUGCAGGACAACAUCUCCUAGUCAAAAUGUUACUUUGGAAACAAUUCCCCCAAUGAAAAACUCCCUUAAAGCACGCAUAUCAUGGGAUCCAAAAGUGGGUUUCAGGAUUCCACUGCGUCCUUAUAAGAACUACAACAUGAUCAUAUGUGCCACACAUGUGGAUGGAAGACUGUUCAAAUCAAACUUCAUCAUGUUGCGUCGUACCAAUUUUCUGAAUAAUGCACACAUUGCUCCCAAGCAUCCAAGAGUUGUAGCUGGAAACACACUGAUCCUUACCUGCUCAGCAGAUACCACAUUCAAUGGCAGAAUUGAUUUUAAUUGGAAAUUCGAACACAAACCUAUCAAUCGGACUCACUACAUACACAGGACAAGGAGUAACCCUAACACCACCAUUGUAAUGAACAGUGAAAUAGUUAUACCCAAUGUUACUCUAAAGGACAAAGGCAAUUAUAUUUGCACUGCAAAAAUUGGUGAAUCUAUGAAAAAUGCUUCAGUCACGGUCAUUGUACAUGAGCAUCCAUUCCUCAAUGUGACCCAUGGAACACAUAAGGUUGUUACUGUUGAAAAAGGUAAAAGAUGGGACUUUAAACCACAGGUCAAUGCUCUACCAGCACCAGACAAUGUAGUGUGGUACAAGGAUGGCUUCCCCAUCAACACAACCUUAUGCUAUGAAUUAAAAGGCUAUAAUCUCACAAUUAAGGAGGUGAAAGAGAAGGAUGCAGGGGUCUUUACCGUUGCUUUAUCCAACCAGGAGAGUGGACUCCACAGGAACAUCAGCUACACACUUCUGGUCAAUAUGAAACCCAGAAUAUCUGAGGAAGAGAUGGCUGUAGGCUCUCAGACUUACAGACUAGGCCAGGAGCACCAUCUUACCUGUACUGUCUAUGGAUUCCCAAAGCCAAAUAUUACAUGGUUGUGGCAGCCUUGUGACCCUGGUCACGAGCUCACAAAGUGCAAACUGUAUAAAAAUCCAAUACCUGUCAAGGACAGUAACAGAUUUUCAUAUCCGGGUAAUUUAAUUAAGGAUCUGUCCAAUAAGCCUAUGGAGAUAAAUGGCAGAAACAAGACAAUAAGUACUCUGGUUGUGGAGGCUAAAGUAUCCGGACUCUACAUUUGCAAAGCUAGCAAUAAGUAUGGAGAGAGGACAAUGACGACUCAUUUCUAUGUGAAUGAUCAGCUCCCGUCUUUUGAGGUCAUACCCUUGACAGCCUCUGAAGGAGAUGAUGUCACUCUGAUGUGCCGUGGCACAAGGUUUCUCUAUGAUAGCCUGAAAUGGUUUGAUUCACAGAAUCGCCUGGUUCAGUCUGACCGCUCGAUCGAGAUCAGUCCUUAUUCUGUCUCUCUUUCACUCAGACUGAUAAAUGUGUCUAGAAACCAUACAAAUGAUUACAUAUGCAAAGCAGUCAACAUCAACACCAAAAAAGAAGUCAAUACAACAUCUAAGUUAAUCAUUUAUGAGAGAAGAGUACCCUUGUUGAUACAGAACUUGACAAGUCAGGAAGUGAACAGUAGCAGCACUCUGACCCUGGCAUGUCUGGCCCAUGGUGUGCCACCUCCAUUAAUUACAUGGUACAAGGACAAAAUUCCCAUCACAGAAGGACCAGGAAUUACUCUGAAUGACAGUGGGGUCUUGAUCAUACAGAGGGUGAAGAAAGAGGAUGAGGGCAUGUAUGAGUGUCAGGCCAGUAAUGCUGAAGGUGUGGCAGCCUCUAGUGCGGUCAUAACUGUAUCGGGUGAUGAAGGCAAGCCGAAUAUUGAGGUGAUCAUCCUUGUGUGCACGGGAGCUGCAGCCACCUUUCUUUGGAUCAUGCUCAUUCUCUUCAUCCGCAAACUAAGAAAGCCAAGUUCAGCAGAUCUGAAGACAGGCUACCUGUCCAUCAUCAUGGAUCCUGAACAGAUGCCUCUUAAUGAACAGUGGGAUCAUUUACCCUAUGACAGCAGCAAAUGGGAGUUCCCUAGAGACCGUCUUCGACUGGGUAAAACACUGGGCCAUGGUGCGUUUGGAAAAGUUGUAGAGGCCUCUGCAUUUGGCAUAGACAAGCUCUCCACGUGUAAAACCGUUGCUGUUAAAAUGCUGAAAGGAGGAGCUACAAACAGUGAAUGCAGAGCUCUUAUGUCUGAACUGAAGAUACUUAUUCAUAUUGGCCACCAUCUCAAUGUUGUCAAUCUACUGGGAGCCUGCACUAAGCAAGGAGGCCCAUUGAUGAUUAUUGUGGAGUACUGCAAGUAUGGCAACCUUUCUAAUUACUUGCGGAGCAAGAGGGGAGACUUUGUGGUUUAUAAAUCUCAGGAUGGCAAAGCACUACUGCCUAGUUCAGGGUGUGAACUAAGUGAACUCCUGAAGCGGCGACUGGAGAGUGUGGCUAGCACGGGAAGCUCAGCCAGUUCAGGCUUUAUUGAAGAUAAGAGCUACUGCGACUCAGAAGAAGAAGAGGAAGAGACUGAAGACAUGUAUAAGAGAGUGUUGACACUAGAGGACUUAAUUUGCUACAGCUUUCAAGUAGCCAAAGGCAUGGAGUUUUUGGCUUCACGAAAAUGUAUUCACCGUGAUUUGGCAGCCCGGAACAUCCUUUUGUCUGAAAACAACGUUGUUAAGAUAUGUGAUUUUGGACUAGCCAGAGACGUGUAUAAAGACCCAGACUACGUUCGUAAAGGAGAUGCCAGACUUCCUCUUAAGUGGAUGGCACCAGAAGCCAUAUUUGACAAGAUCUAUACUACACAGAGUGAUGUUUGGUCCUUUGGAGUGCUAAUGUGGGAGAUCUUCUCUCUGGGAGCCUCUCCUUAUCCUGGUGUACAAAUUGAUGAGGAAUUCUGUUGCCGUUUGAAAGAAGGAACCAGAAUGCGACCACCUGAGUAUGCUUCCUCUGAAAUAUAUCAGACCAUGCUGGAUUGCUGGCAUGGUGAACCAGAGCAGAGGCCCACUUUUACAGAGCUAGUGGAAAGACUUGGAGACCUACUUCAAGCGAGUGUGCAGCAGGAGGGGAAACAUUACAUUCCUAUCAACACAGCACUACUGACAAAAGCAGAUCCGUCAAACGUAGACCCUGCAGAGGACAUGUCUCUUAGACCUGUCUCUCUCAGAGACUCAGGAAGCUCAUGGAACAUCAAGAUUCGUCCAGGCAGCAUCAAAACCUUUGAUGAAGUAACAAUAGAGAGUGGAACAAAUGAUAUGCAUGAGGGAGAGCAUUCAGACAGUGGCAUGGGUCUGUCUUCUGAUGAUCUGAAGAAGCUGAAGCAUUUGGAAUCCUUGGUUCAACCCUUAACUAUCAUGGCUCUGGCGAUGAAGACAAAGAGUAAAGAGUCUGUUUUGUCAGAGGGGGAGAAUGAGAAAUACCCACCACCCAUCCCUUCACUAGACUUCAGUCUGGAAGAUAACUCACUGGAUCCAGAGCUGGAAUGUCAUAGCCCUCCACCAGACUACAAUUAUGUUGUCCGCUAUUCCACACCACCUGUCUGAGUUUCCUGCUGCUACCCCAGAGCCAUUAGGACCGCCUUCUUAAGCCCUGGACUAUUACACUUUCUAUUUAUCUUUUUGAGCUUUUAGGAAGCUUUUUUAUCUGGAGACUUUGUUCACUGUUUUCAUUUUGACAUGUAUAUUGGUCAGUAGCUCGAGCACUGCAGUGUUUUGUACACCUUGGCAAACUUCUGUAUGAUCUCCAGUAUACAGUAAAACAUACAGUAAAUGUUGUCUCCUAAAAAAAAGCUGUUAAAACGUGUCACGCCAUACCACUGUGAUACAAGGUCUCCUCAGGUAUUUCUGUUAUCUACUGUGAACACCAAAAGCACAACAUAUAACAUUUUGUAUAACCCAAGAAAUUAACAGCGACCUUUUCAUUACUUUACACAUUUAAAAAAGUUUCAUUGACAGAAACUGGAAAGUAUUUUAUUUUACUUUUUAUGAGCUUUGUUUGAAGAAACAAUUAUCAAUGGACACAAAUAGGAGUUUUAUUACCUGAUACUUUAAACUAAAUUUUAAAGUGUAAUUAAUGUCUUUCUGCCCUUCAUUCACACCAAAUUUGUUCAGAUAUCACAGUUUUGUAUGCACAUUACUUUUUUUAACCUGCAUCCACAUAAUUAUUUAUACUAUUGCACUAAAUUGAUUAGUUUUACACUAUUAAUACCAACAUCAAUAUUUUCCAUUUCAUUGAUUUUAGCAUAACAGAACAUUUCAUAUUGAAAGUAAAUGUGAUGUGAACUCUGUAAGGCACAAUGCGUAUUGCAUGUACUUUUAUUAACCCCAAUUAGAAUGGUUUUGGGUGCAAUUUACUGAAUCAAGUAAAACUCGAAUGUUCUAAUUGCUUUUAUAAUAACAUAAAAUAAAUGCAAUAAAAUUA